AUGCCCAACAACAGCUCCAUCACCGAGUUCCUCCUCCUGGCAUUCACAGACAUGCGGGAGCUGCAGCUCCUGCAUUUUGCACUCUUCCUGAGCAUCUACCUGGCUGCCCUCCUGGGCAACGGCCUCAUCCUCACCGCCGUAGCCUGCGACCACCACCUCCACACCCCCAUGUAUUUCUUCCUCCUCAACCUUGCCCUCCUCGACCUGGGCUGCAUCUCUACCACUGUCCCCAAAGCCAUGGCCAAUUCUCUGUGGGACACAAGGGCCAUCUCCUAUCAAGGAUGUGCUGCCCAGGUCUUCCUCAUUGUCUUCUUGUUUUCAGCAGAGUAUUCCCUUCUCACCAUCAUGGCCUAUGACCGCUACGUUGCCAUCUGCAAGCCCCUGCACUACAGGACCCUCCUGGGUAGCAGCGCUUGUGCCCAGAUGGCAGCAGCUGCCUGGGGCAGUGGCUUUCUCUAUGCUCUGCUGCACACUACCAAUACAUUUUCUCUUUCUCUCUGCCAAGGCAAUGCUGUGGACCAGUUCUUCUGUGAAAUCCCCUCCAUCCUCAAGCUCUCCUGCUCAGACUCCUACCUCAGGGAAAUUGGGCUUCUCACAUUUAGUGGUUUUCUCUUUCUGGGGUGUUUUGUUUUCAUUCUUUUUUCCUAUGUGCAGAUUUUCAGGGCUGUGCUGAGGAUCCCCUCUGAGCAGGGAAAGCACAAAACCUUUUCCACGUGCCUCCCUCACCUGGUCAUAGUCUUCCUGUUUCUCAGCACAGGCACGUUUGCCUAUCUGAAGCCCCCCUCCUUCUCCUUGACAUCCCUGAACCUGGUGAUGACUGUCCUGUACUCAGUGGUUCCUCCAGCUGUGAACCCCCUCAUCUACAGCAUGAGGAACCAGGAGCUCAUGAAUGCCAUUAGGACAGUGAUGUCAUGGAGGGUUUUCAGGAUGUGCUGUGGAAACUGACUGGACCUCUCCACAGCUAGAAACUGCUUAUUUUCUUCUUCCUCACAUGAAUUAGAGUCUAUGUAAUGAUAGAGCAAGCUGUCUUAACUUCUGGAUGGAUUUAAUUUCUU